UUACGUGUCACAGAUCGUUUUGUGGAUUACUUGAUAUAUUUAUAUUAAUUUUGUGCAUAAACACAAGUUGCGUACGCGUUAGUGUUACUAUUCUGUAACUGUGAUCUAGGGUAUUCGCAACACGCACGAAGUGUAGCAUUCUAUUAAGAAUAAUUAUUUAUUUGUGGGAGGAAGUAGCGCGUAUUUGCAAAUCACACGUUUAUGCAGUGUUGGCGAAUUUUACGAACAAAUUCACUUAUUCCGUAGCUGUGAUAAUUGUUUGCAAUUCCUUCAAAAGUUAAUACAUUAGGUAAACCGUUUGUCGAAAAAAUAUUUUAUUCUUGAUAAUAAGCGGCGGAGGAUCGACCGUCGAAAUCGAACAAAUACGAGGAAACACAUUUUUGCUCGAAUUAGCAGUGAAUUUCUUCCGAUACAAUAAUCGUUUCUAUUUAAAGCUACUUGCACGAGCGUGCACGGUAGUGAUUCUAACCUCGCUUUCGUUGCAUCGAGGCAUAUCUGGGAAACGAAGCAACGAGAGUUAGUGCGGAGUCGACGCUUGAACCGUUUAAGCGGCUUUUAAAGCGUCUGUAAGAGAGUACCUGGUGGUUUUAGGAUCUACGCAAGAUCUAUCGACACUAUACAUUUUCAUACGUCGCUUACCAAUUCUACAAUGGGUCUGGGAAAUAAGAUGUCCGAGGAGAAUCCAGAGAUGCGUGAAAUGGCAGCACGUAUAUGUCGCGAUUACCUUCACGGAGUCUGGAAGCACGUUACCGCGGAGAACAUCACGCUGAAACGUAUCAGCGGUGGAUUGAGCAAUUGGUUGUACAACGUCCAGUUACCGGACGGGGCUGUACCGAUUCGCGGGGAACCGCGACAAGUUUUGUUACGAUUGUACGGUCAGGUGCACGGGGAACGAGCCUUGGAAGGGCUGAUCACCGAGUCGGUGAUUUUCACGUUGUUGUCGGAGAGACGACUCGGGCCAAAGUUGCACGGCAUAUUUCCCGGCGGUCGCAUAGAGGAAUACAUACCCGCCAGACCGUUGCUCACCAAGGAACUGGCGGAUCCGACCUUGAGCUCGAUGAUCGCCGAAAAAAUGGGACGUAUCCAUACGAUGCAGGUCCCGAUAAGCAAAGAACCAACUUGGCUAUGGGACACCAUGGCCAAGUGGUUGGACACCACCACGGACAUACUAGAAAACACGGAAGAUAUAGACGCACGACAGUUGAAGAACGUAAACGCGAUACGGACGAUCGAUUUGGAUCACGAGAUCAAUUGGUUCAGAUCUCUCGCGACGCAACAGAAGUAUCCGGUAGUUUUCUGUCAUAACGAUAUGCAGGAAGGUAAUAUACUGUUGCGACAAAACGCGCGAAAACCGGAAUUGGUUCUUAUUGACUUCGAAUACUGUUCUUACAACUACCGAGGAUUCGAUAUAGCAAAUCAUUUUGUGGAAUGGCAGUACGAUUAUACGGCAGCCGAAUAUCCCUUCUUUCACGAGCGCGCUGGAUCUGGACCUACGAACGAACAGAAGCUCAACUUCAUAAAAAGUUACUUGAGGACGGUCGGGAAAGAGGGAUCGUCGGAAGAAGAGCGAAUCAUGAUGGAAAUCAAGAUAUUCUCCUUGGCUAGCCACUUGUUUUGGGGCUUGUGGAGCAUCGUCAACGCCAAAUUGUCAGAAAUUCCAUUUGGAUAUUGGGAUUAUGCGGUUUCUAGAUUAAAAAACUAUCAAUACUUAAAAGAGAAGAUCAUAGUAUCCGGUCCACCGACGAUAGACAACGACCUCACCGAUAGAAAGAUAACUGUGCUCGAUUGAGAAGACCGAGUGCUCGACUGUUACGGCAUCGAAUGUUUCCUCUGCGAAAUCUGAAAAAGUUUGCUCGUUACUUUUUUCACGUGCUCGAGAUUAUCUUGUCAGAGUAUUGCGGUGUAUCGCUAUUUUAUUACCAAAAAUUGUGAUACGUGUUUUAUGAUCUUUAGGAGGAAAGUGAUAGAGGGAGGGAUAGAGAGAAAGGGAAGAGCUGGACGGGGACGGGUGUAACAGGGGAUAAAGGAGAGUCGACAAAAAAAAAAAAAAAAGGGAAAGACGUUGGUUUACGAAUUACAAAUGUGAUAUAGGAUAAGUAUAAAAGAAGACAUGUACAACAAUAUUUUGACGCCGUAAACUUUUCAGGGAAAAGUUGCUCAAUUUCCAAGUUCGGCUAUUGGCAUUUUUAGUCUGAUGUUAGGAAUCGGUUCCAUUGGAUGUUCUUACCAUUUUUAAACAUAUUAUGCGUAUGUACAUGUACAGAUAUCCAUAUAUAUGUAUACAUAACAUGCUUACAUACAUGCUUAUGCGUGUCCCACAUAUACAUAUGAAUAUGUAUAGCUGAGAUUUGUACAUAGUCGUAAUAUCGUUGAAAUUUUUUACGCUUCACGCUAAUCAGCGAAUCCGUGUUCUCGCCAUCGAGUCACGCGCAUGCAUGUACUUAUUUAACUAUCUUAUCUCGCUUUUCUUGCACGACCGGAAACUAAUUCAGGUAAGAAAAUGAAAAAUAGAAUACCGUGCUGACCGUCGUCAACGAAUGAACAUCCGGUUAGUUCAGUUUCGACUUAUAUCGAAACGACGAUAUCUUCCCCUUGUAAUUUAAUUAUAUUUGCGUUUUAUUUGUAAUCUUUUUACGGCUGCUGUGAGCAUUUUUCGAAUACGACACGCAUCUCAAUAAUCAAAGAACAAUAUUUUAAUAAAGUUGAAACAAAUCUAUUAUAUUUGUUUGGUCAAUCGUCUUUUCCUGUUGACCAUUCCUUGCCACCAUACGCAAAGCGACAAUUACGCUAAUUGUAAACCAGACAUAUUAUUGCUACACUUUGUAAUAAAGUAUAAUAUUUAAAUAGCAUCGUCUAAGAUAUUAAUUAAAGAGACAAUAUAGGAUUUAUUAUGUGUACUUUCCACUCGUGUGGCCCGAAUUUGUAUUGUCGGGCCAUAACAUUUAUUAUGAUAUAUUUCUAACGAACAUCUUACUUUCUUUGUUUGUUUUAAUCUUUAACGUAAUUGAAAGAAAUUCUUUUUACUAUGGCUAUGUAUGAGCGUACAUAUGUAUACA